AUGUGGUGGUCAAAAGCAAAAUAUCGAAGUCGAUCUUUAAUAAUAUUUACGUUUAUAUUUUUUACAUUGAAAAUUUCAACUACUGAUGCUGCCCGACGGAUAAAAUUAUGUCCUGUUAUGGAAUUGCCUAAACAUGGUUUUUUCUUUUCGGGUUAUUGUAAACAUACACCAGGUUCAUUAUGCGGUCUUGGAUGUUUAACUGGCUAUCGUCUUGUGAAUGGAGACAGUUUUCGUGAAUGUCGUCAAGAUGGAACAUGGACUGGACGUCAACCUAAAUGCGAAGAAAUUCGUUGUCCUCAAUUGAAAGUUCAUUCUCGAAUAAUUCAAGAAUGUUUACCUAAACAAAAUAAUACUCAACUUCGAUUUGGUACUCAAUGCCAAGUUAAAUGCAAUGAUACAGGUUAUCGAUUAAUUGGUCCACGUAUUCGUGAAUGUUUAAGUAUGGGUAGAUGGACAGGUUAUGAACAAUUUUGUAUUGCCGGUCCAGAGACAACAACUCAUUUAUCUACAAGUUCAACAUCAACUUAUACUACAACAACGACUCCAAAAUAUCUUGAUUACUCAAACUAUGCAUUAAAAAUCAAUAAUAAUGAUACUGGAAUCAUUUUAACACCAUUUAAUUCAUUUAAAUUUACUAUUAUCUUUUGGUUCUAUUUGGAAAAUAAUACAAAAACUAAUUUAAUCUCUUUAAAAGAAAGUAAUGAUCGUAUUCUAUUUGCAAUAGUUAUUCAACAAGGCAGAUUAGUUAUUCAUCAUACACUUCGAAAUCAAACAAAAUCGACAAUAACAACUUCAAUAAAUAUUCCAAUUGAAAAAUGGAAACAUUUUACAUGGACAUAUUCAAAUAAAAAUCAACAAUCAAAUUUAUAUAUUGAUGGUGCACAUGUGACAAAAUUAAUUCUAUUUCAUCAAUUAUUUAAUGGUCUUAUAACACGUAUAGAAAUUUGGAAAGAAAUUAUAUCUGAACAACAAUUACUUGUUAGUUAUCGUGAUUGUCGAAAACAAAAUGGAGAUAUUUUUACUUGGUCACAAGUAUCAAAUCAAAUAUCAAUUGAUACAAGUAAAUUAAAAAGUUCAUCGUUUUGUUCAGGUUGUUCGGAACCAGCAUCAAUUCAAGGUGGAAUUUAUCGUGUAUCUGAUUAUGAAGUUGGUUCAUCUGUUGAAUAUGAAUGUGAUUAUGCUUAUGAAAUGAUUGGUGCUAGUCGAGCAUUUUGUAUGGUACCAUCAGAAUGGUAUCCAUUACCACCGAUUUGUAAAUAUAAUCCAUGUACAACUGAUUGUGAAUUAUGCGACAAGAAAGUAGGUGUUUGCUUACGACAACUACAAACCAUAUUAGAUCCACUUGUUUGUGAUCCUCCUUGUGAUGAAGAUGAAGUAUGUAUUGAUGGACAAUGUACUUGGUCGAAUAUAGAUAUAGAAAAACAUGGUGAUCAAUGCAAUCCACCAUGCCCAUCUGAGACACAAUGUAUUAAUCAACAUUGUAUACCAUUUUCUACACCUCAUUGUCCAGUAAUUUGUCGACAUGGACAAGUAUGUGUUGAUGGUCGUUGUGGUUGUUAUAGAGGAUUAUGUGAAAAUGAUCGACCAUGUUAUGAAAUUUGUGAAAUGGGAGAACGUUGUCGUAAUCUAUCUUGUAGUUGUGGUUCUCGAGGAAAAUGUGGUAAAGGCGAAAUUUGUCAAUCAGAUAUAUGUAUGUGUGGUACAAAACGAGAUGGUUGUCAUCCACAUGAACAAUGUAUUAAUGGAAGAUGUAUUUGUAAAACAAGUUCAUGUGAUCAAUGUAAUAAUUCAUGUAAAUCAAAUGAAAUAUGUUUAGAUGGAAAAUGUGUAUGUACAAAUCAAUGUCAAAAUGCAUUUUGUCCAUUUCCUUGUUUACAUGGAGGACGAUGCACAGGUUUUUAUCGAUGUACUUGUCGUCAAGGUUGGCAAGGUCAUCGAUGUGAACGACGUAACUCUAUUAUCGAGAAAUAA